AAGCUCUGGGACGUUGCCACAGGCGCCUGCACGGCAACACUCGAGGGGCAUGGCGGAAACGCCGGUUCGGUCGCCUUCUCGCACGAUUCGAAGCUCGUCGCAACGGCGUCGGACGGCCGCACAAUCAGACUCUGGGACGUUGCCACAGGCGUCUGCACGACAACAUUCAAGGUCGGCUCUUUCGUCUCUUCUCUCGCUUUCGAUGAAACUGGCUCCUUACUCUAUACGAACAGCGGCACUUUUGAACUGAAUAGCACGUCGCUACCAUGCCACACCAUGCCAACAGCACUAUCAGCGACGCCCGCGUCGGUGGCCGUGUCCACGCCAGGUACUGCCUCGCAACACGUCAAACGUCGAGACGUCGGACUUAGUGAGGAUUCGGUGUGGGUCACCUGGGAAUCGCACAGGGUAUUGUGGCUGCCGCCGGCGUACCGACCGAUAGCGUCGGCCGUGACGGCGUCGACGGUGGCCAUGGGGUGCCCAUCCGGUCGGGUUGUCGUCGUGAGAGUGUCG